CCUCUGCCUCCGCACGGCUGAGCAACAAGUCGCAGCCGGUCUGCAGAAUUUCCCGUUGCACACACAGUACUGAUCUGCGCUCGUGCCCUUAAAGAGCGACGUACCCUCGGGUUUGUGUGAUCAUAUGAUGUUUAUACGCGGUAAUCAGAUGUGAAUGUGCGCGAGGAACCUGAUGGAGGAACACAUCGGCUGUGUUUGUCAUGAAAUGACGGAGUGGAGUUCGGUUUGAAGUUGUGGACAGAUAAUGAUGACGGGGCUCAUUGAUCAGGGUGAGGACUUAGAGCUGACGGACCCUCAGAAGGACGGAGACCCCCAGUGUCCCGCACACUUCAGACACAGUCUCAUGCUCCAGCUCAUUGAUGAUCUGUCAUAUGAGGAUGUAAAGAAAUGCUACAGGGGUUCAACCGUCAGCAAAUACAACUCACAGUACCACAAACUCUUCUCAGCCGUCCCGAAGGAGGAGAUCCUCAUGAAGGUUUAUUCCUGCGCUCUUCUGCGGGACAUUCUGCUGCAAGGGCGGCUUUACAUCUCUCGAAACUGGCUGUGUUUCUAUGCAAACCUUUUCGGGAAAGACAUCAAGGUUUGCGUCCCGGUGGUGUCUGUGCGUCUGGUGAAGAAACACAAGACGGCUGGACUGGUUCCUAACGGACUGGCCAUCACCACCGACAGCAGCCAGAAGUAUGUGUUUGUGUCUCUGCUGUCACGAGACAGUGUGUACGACGUGCUGAGGAGAAUCUGCACACACCUACAGGUGAACGGUAAGAAGAGUUUAAGUCUAAAGCAGUACCUGGAGGAACCCGGUUCUCUGUCGACGGAUGAGUUUCCAGUGUCCACUGAUUUCACGCCGGUGUUGAAAUGGCGCCGGAAACCGGCCGCACCCUCCGUAUCUUCAUCACUGCCCGACCUGCUGGGAAACUCCACGAGCAGCCUGAGCGCAGGAGACACGCUGUACAUCGCAGAGACGCCGCUGGAGGAGAGACGACUGGAGGCCGAGAAGAUCCUGCUGACCGAACCCGAGUCUGAGCUGGGUCACGUGGAGUAUCAUCUGCUCUGGUUCUUCAUUCUGCUCAUAAUUUUGCUCAUCAUCUCAUCGUGUUAUCUGGCGUUUCGCGUCUGCAGUCUGGAACAACAGCUGUCUUUCCUCAACACACAGCCGGUGAUGAGCAUGAGAGAGAG